AUGGGUCUUGGCCGCGGUCCGGUGAAACACGACCGUGCUGAAACCAUGGUUUCCCGCGAUCCAAAAGGAUGGACCCGCGGUGAUCAGAUUUCUGACACCGAAUUACCAAAGAGAAUGAUAGCUGCUGGAGCUGAGCCUUGGGGGCAGAGGGUUAUUACGUAUCAGAAAUUCAGCAUUAUUCAAGAUCUUGUAUCGGCUUUGGAUGAUGAAGAAAUCAAAUUUAUCCGCGAAUCGCCUCUUGGUAAAUUGCUCGACAUUCCCACUAUGCCGGCUUGGUCGGGGACCUUUGGGUUGUUUCUAUUAUCGCGUGCUCGAGAUAUAGAUGAGGCUUGCGAGGAUCCUGUCAAUAGUAUUAUUCGUCCCGAGAUUGUGUUCGAUCCGGAGGAAGAAGAUCUGAGUUGGGAAUAUGAUCAUGUUGACCCCGUGGUGGAUAACAUGCUCAAACUCAUUUCACAGGAGUUCAAGUUCGAAGACGAUAUGUUUGUUGGAGGCAGGAUUCCAUCUCAAAUAGCUGGCAAAGAUAAGAAGAGGCGAGAGAACAACAAGGUGCUUAUUCAGGCGUUGACAAAAUGGUUUACCGAUAAUACUGUUGUCGAGGAAAGAGUUAUAUCUCAGUCAACUACGCAACAAUCAAGUUCUGGAGGGGAGAGUGCUGAAAACGCGGCUAAGGACAACAAUGCAGGAAUACCAGACAAUGGGAACGGUCACAAACAGCCAAACCAAACAACUCAAGCUGGAGAGCAUGGCGAGCGAAUAGAAACUCCCACGGUGGUUGCAGGUGUUGCAAACACAGUUGUUACUAGCAAAGGCGUUCUCGACGAUGGCCAGCCAAAGGAAUCUAAUCAAUGUAACGAAGAUACUGACCAGCCGCUCCACACUGCCUGCGAUGACUAUCCCAGUACGCGGAAUCCAUCUUCUCCUCUGCAGUCAGGAUCACUUUCGGUUGAUGAGAUCACCGCUUAUUAUGUUCAGGACGAAUUAUUGGAUGAAGUGCCACUCUCAUCUCAGAAGUCAUUGCCAAGCUCCAAGAAAGCUCAUGCGUUUGGGGUAUCUCUCGGGGUGGAGGCGCGGGUGAACCCACUCUCUGAUGAACCUCUGUGCCAAAUGAUGGUUGGUGGUUUGGUCACUGCUGGGUUGGGAGCAGGGUUGAGUACGUUAUCUGAUGAACUGCCGAGCAAGCAAACAGAUAUUGAUUCACCGUAUCAGAAUGCCGAGCCGAUGAAUGAAGGCAACAGGGAACAAGGGGAGAAUCCGAUUACCCAGUCCAAUCUAUUUGAAGACUCCGUGGCUGACCCUGGUCUGAAUUGUUGGGCAAUGGUGGUUUAUCAGGUUGCUGGUGGCAGAGAAGCCAUACCUCUCCCAGGACUGAUGAGUGAGGCAGUUAAUGAACACACUAGGAAAAGCAAACGGCCACGUGUUGUCUCGUCGAGGAUUGACGACCGUUACCAAUGCGACAAAAGAUUGACGAUCUUGAUCGGUCAAGAAACAGAGGUAGAAGUCACAAAAGCGAGGAAAUUGGAUGAGAAGGUCAUGGACGGCCUGAUCCAGUUCUCUCGCCACAUGUUGAGAGUGGACAUGGCGGAUGGUGUGGGCUUGAGGGUUGACCUACUUGACACGGAGUUUGUUGUCCAGCUAACGAACUUAUUCCCAAGGUUCUCAAAAACCGAAGAUCAAGGUUCAUUUGUUUUCCCCAAGGCCGUCGUAGGCAUGAUAAACGGCGAAGACGAUUCUGAUCGUGUUCAGCUCUAUGAAGAAGCCGAAUUCGUUUACAUGCCUUUUAACUUUGACCAGCGUCACUGGGUCACGCUUGCUGUCGACCUGAAAGGCAAAAGGAUCCAAAUUUUGGACUGCAAUGUUGCUUUGCUGAACGACAACCGACUUACCAAUGAGCUUCAACGAAUAGCAAAAAUGCUCCCUUACCUUUUCAAAGGGGUUAGCGCCAACGAGGGGAUGAGCCAAGUGGAGUUAUCACCUUUUGCCAUUGAAAGAGUGAGUGGAAUUCAUCAAAUAUCAUCUCCCUUUGAUUCUGGUAUGUAUUCCAUUUUCCUGCUCCAGACACACGCUGUUGGCGGUUUAGAAGGCUGCAGGCAGUUCGGUGUUUUGCUGUUGGAGUCGGAGACAAAGAAGAUGAUCGUGUCCUUAAUCAGGCACUAUGCUGUGUAA